CUCGUCCAAUAGGAGGCCAAGCUGCGCGAGCUGAUGGAAGUGGGAAACCUAGUCGGCCGGCUUGAGAAUCGCAUGGUUACCGUGGUUACGGCUUCAGACCUUGUGAAUGUCAACCAGCUCAACUUUAUUGCCUCACAGGAGGAGGAAGCUAAGGUGUGGUGUGUGGAACUGUUUUCUCUGUCUUCCAACCUGCUGAGCCACAAUCUCAACAGAGACCAGAGUCUGUUAAAAGCGUACGUCAGGUUAACUCUGCAGCCGAACGCAGAGGGGAGAAUUCCUGUCAAGAACUUUGUUCGACUGUUUUCAUCAGACAGAAAGAGAGUAGAGACCGCCCUGGAGAACUGCAAACUGCCCUACGGACGGGGUGACAGUAUCAAACUGGAGGACUUCACACUUGAAGUAUACAGGAGCUUUUUGGACUUUCUGUGUCCCCGUCCUGAGCUCAGCAACGUCUUUAAACUGCAAGGAUGGGAUGACAACGUGCUGUCACUCGAUCAGAUGACCGACUUCAUCAACAACAAGCAGAGAGACCCGAGGCUGAACGAAAUCCUCUACCCGCCUCUCCGUCCUGCACAGACACACUCUCUGAUGGAGCGGUACCAACAUGACCAGGAACAGCUGAAGCAAGGCGUUAUCUCUCUCCAGGCGUUCUCCAGUUAUAUCUCCAGUGACGAGAAUGGAAUCAUCCCACCAGAAAAACUUGAUCAGUCUGAAGACAUGAGCUUUCCCCUGUCUCACUACAUCAUCAACUCAUCACAUAAUACAUACCUGACAGCGGGCCAGCUGGCGGGGAGCUCCUCGGUGGAGAUGUACAGGCAGGUUCUUCUGGCUGGAUGCCGCUGUGUGGAGUUAGAUGUGUGGAAAGGACGAACGGCUGAGGAGGAACCUGUCAUCACACACGGGUUCACCAUGACAUCGGAAAUCCCUUUUAAGGAAGUGAUUGAAGCUAUUGCAGAGUGCGCCUUCAAGACCUCACCUUUCCCCGUCAUACUCUCCUUUGAAAACCACGUGGACUCGCUGGAGGCGGGUGUCCCCCUGCCCAGUCCUCAGGAGCUGAUGGGAAAAAUUCUCAUCAAGAACAAGAAAUCCCACAAACCCUCAAAUAACGCCGACACCAAAAGACUGACGGACCAACCUGCCAAUCAGAGCAACGAACCAGUGUCUCCUAGCAACAACACAGGAGAGAUGGAGGCUGAAAGUGAGGAAGAUGAUGAUGAUGAAGAUGAUGAUGGUAAAAAGGGCUCAGCAGAGCGAGAGGCAGUGGCUACAGAGGAAAUGUCAACUCUGGUAAACUACGUCCAGCCAACCAAGUUCAACUCCUUCGAAGCCUCCAAGAAGGCAGCCCGCUGUUACCACAUGUCGUCUUUUGUGGAGACCAAAGCUUUGGAGCAUCUCACAAAGUCACCAGUGGAGUUUGUAGAAUAUAAUAAAUCCCAGUUGAGUCGCAUCUAUCCGAAAGGAACCAGAGUCGACUCAUCCAACUUCAUGCCUCAACUCUUUUGGAACGCCGGCUGUCAACUGGUGGCUCUCAACUACCAAACUAUAGAUUUGUCCAUGCAGCUGAAUCUCUUCAUGUUCGAGUACAACGGUCGGAGUGGCUACAGACUGAAGCCUGAGUUCAUGAGACGGCCGGACAAACACUUUGACCCCUUCACAGAAAACACAGUGGAUGGUAUCGUAGCCAACACCCUCUCUGUGAAGGUGAUUUCAGGCCAGUUCCUGACUGAGCGGCGGGUGGGUGUGUAUGUGGAGGUGGACAUGUUUGGACUUCCUGCAGACACCAGGAGGAAAGCUCUGAAGACCAAAACCUCCCAGAACAACAACGCCAUCAACCCGGUGUGGGACGAAGAGCCGAUUGUCUUCAAAAAGGUGAUUCUUCCAACUCUGGCCUCUCUGAGAAUCGCUGCUUUUGAGGAAGGAGGGAAGUUUAUUGGUCAUCGGAUUAUUCCAGUGUCUGCCAUAAGACCAGGUUAUCGUUACAUCAGCUUGAGGAAUGAGAAAAACCAGUCUCUGAUUCUACCAGCUGUGUUCGUCUACAUCGAGGUCAAAGACUACGUCCCUGACACCUUUGCAGAUGUGAUAGAGGCUUUGUCCAACCCUAUUCGAUAUGUCAACCUCCUGGAGCAGCGGUCCAAACAGCUUGCAGCUCUGACUCUGGAGGACGUGGAGGAGGACACACAGACGGAGGAUGAGGCGGACAGCUGUGCAGAACGUAAGCACGAUGUGAAAUCGGCUCCGCUGGAGAACGGUCUCAGCCCCGCCCCUGGCCCUGCAGGCCACGCCCCAAUGACGCCAAAAGCCUCCGCAGCCAAUCAGCAAGCAGCUGCGACAGAAGCAGCCAAACCAGCAGCAAAGAGUGAAGAUCUGGUUUUAAGUGUUUUGAUAGAUGUUCGAGUGUGCACCAUAGAGAGUCUUCAGCAGUCAAAGGUUUACCAGAAGGAGCAGAGGCGUCAGUUUAAAGAGCUGAAGGAGUUAGUGAGGAGGCACCAGAAGAAAACCUCCGAGCUCCUCCGAGAAUUCAACAACAAGCACAAGAAGGUGGCCAGACAGUGCGGCAAGAGCAGGGCUUCGUGUUCGGACGGUGAGAAAGACGAGCGCCUCCAACAGCUGAGAGAUGAGCAAGAGCAGCAGCUUCUGGCUCUGAGGCAGGAACAGUACUACAGUCAGAAAUAUCUACAGAGAGAACAUAUUAAAACGCUGACAGAGCGACUGAGCAGUCUGGCCGAGGAGAGUCACAACAGCCAGAUGAAGAAACUCAAAGACAUCUGUGACAAGGAGAAAAAAGAGUUGAAGAGACAGAUGGAUCGAAGGAGAACUGAGAAGAUCAACCAAGCAAAGACCAAAGAGAAACAUCUGGCUGAAGAGGAGAAGAAUGAGAUCAAUAAGUCCUACGUCAAUGAAGUCGUCCACAACAUAAAACGGCUUGAAGAGACUCAGACCAAGCGUCACGAUCAGCUGGUGGAACAGCACACUGAGCUCCUGCAGGAGAUACAAGACCUGAAACCAAAGCUGCAGGGGGCCGUGGAGGAAGAGUUUCAGGAUAAGUUCCAGUGUUUGCCAGGAGAGAUUCAAGACUUCCUGCAGGACAGGAAGUCGGAGGUUAGAGAACAAAGCAAGUCCCGGCCAUCGACCCCACACGAAACGCUGUCAGAGGAGGACUGAGGAAGAAGAGCAUGUGACCAGGAGCGAAGAAGAAGAGUUGAUGAAUCAGUGGAAGUAGAGGAAGUAAGAAAGAAGUAUUGAGGAAAGGGUAGUGAGAGGAGAUUUCAAGAUCAUGAAGACUGUUGUUUUCUUUUUAAUGGAUGAAUGCUUUAUUGGUUUAAGUUUCAAUUCCAUUCAAGCAUGCACUUCGUUGUCUAUCUAUCUAUCUAUCUAUCUAUCUGACAGUUUUUGCUGUGAACAUACUAUUUUACAUGCACAUGGAGAUAGAUUUUACAAUAUAACACAAUCACUUCAGCAGUGUUUUAGGUCAAUUCCAGCAGCUGUGGCCAUGACAACUUUUACAAUGGUCAGAAUCAAAAACGGCAAUAAUAACGCACUUAUAAACAGCAGCUGGAGGUUAUUUUACUUUACUCAAGCACUUCGGUAAUAGCAAUGAUUGAGAUUUGCAUGCUCUACUUUCACUUUUCCCCAUGCAGCUAUAUCUUGAAAAUCAAGGAAAUGAAGUGCAAUUAGAAUUGAUGUAUUAUUCUUACAACAACCUAGGAUGAUGUGCACAGCAGCACAAGAUAAUACACACAUACCAUCAUGUAAUGUGAAUACUUUUCAGGAUAUAAUACAUAAUAAUAAAUACACACAGCGAUUUUACUUGUAUUUUAUGUGACAUCAAUCUCACUACAUCUAAUGUCAUGUAAUAUUUCAGGUGCAUAUUAUGUGGCUGUUUUUUGGCGGGUGAUUGUUCAUCCACAUUACACGUAAGACCUUAACUGGGAUGACACCCAUAUUUGGAAUAUUAAAGGAAUAGUUUGGAUAUUUUGAAGCAAGGGUUUUUAUCCUUAGGCAACUAUGAAUUUUAUUCAUAUGGCAUCACUCAGACAUGAAGCAAUGCAAAGUGCUUUACAGGGGCGAAAAAUACAUUACAAAUAUAACAUUAAAGCAACAUUAAAAUUACAAGUAAAAGACAAAUACUGCAACCAAAGAAAUAGUUUGAGAUAAUACCAAUUUAAAAGAAGGGAUAGUCCAAACACAAUAAAAACAGAGCAAGCAAAUAAAUAG